GAAUCUGCUAUAGGUUCAGCAUCACCUGAAAGCGACGACGACAAAAAAGGAAAAUCGUUUUCUGCUUUUAUAAUCUCUCAUCAGAAACAUGAAGAAGCGCCCUAAUCUCUCGCUGAACGCUGGGAUUGUGGAGGAAUUCAAGCAGGAUUGCCAGUCAUACCAGAUCAACAGCAAUAAAUCUCUCCAAUUUCGUGCGUUCUUGUUUAAUGAAGCAGGUAUGUAUACCAAGGACGGCCGCGAGCUCCCAACAACGGUGAAGAAGGACGACAUAGACUACUCCACAAAGCGUAAUGUAGGUGCUGGCGCCAGCGGUGACGUCUACUUCGCUCGCCUGAAGAAAGGCACCCCUAUUGCGAUGAAGCGCAUUCCUAUUUCUUCGAAGUCGCACCGUGAUGAGGUGGACCGCGAACUUCAGUUUUUUAGCGCUCGAGGUGACUCCCCGUACGUCAUGAACAACUACGGUGCCUUCUGGGAUGCCGAAGAUGACGCGAUCGUCAUCCCCAUGGAGUGGAUGCCAUACACCGUUAAAGAUCUCGGUCACUUUUGGGGAGGCUUGAACGAGGCACUUCUGAAGGCGGCCUUCUUUCAAGUUGUCUCCGGGCUUGUCUACUUGCAUGACGUGAAACGAGUGCUGCAUCGCGAUUUGAAACCGAGCAAUCUGUUGAUCAGUGAAGACGGUCACGUCAAGAUUGCCGACUUUGGUGUGUCGAAGCUGAUUCAGACGCUGGCCGUGUCUUCCACAUACGUUGGCACGAUGUGUUACAUGGCACCGGAGAGACUGGAACAGGGCAUGUACGGGUUUAGCAGCGACGUCUGGUCACUUGGCCUCACCAUGAUUGGCGCCGUCACAGGCAAAAAUCCCUGGGCACCACCUGAGGAAAUGAAUUUGUUCCAGCUGCUGGCAAAAAUGAAGCAGGGAAGCACGCCGACGCUCCCAGAGUCGGGGAAUUUUUCCGACAACGCCAGGGACUUUGUGAAGCAGUGCCUCGAGCGCAACCCAGAUGCUCGGCCAACUUGCUCCGAGCUGUUGAAGCAUCCAUUUUUUGCUGAUACGACGGAAAGCACCUCUCAGGCUAUGGUGAAGAUGGCGGUAGAGCAGAUGAGUCGUCUCAUCAACAACGACGCGCAGAAGCAGAAGGAGAUGGCACGUUCGCAGGAAUCAAUGGAAAAGGACGUAAAUGCACAGUUGGACAAGCUGAUUUUGUGA